UGACUCGGCGGCUAUAAGCUCCUUCGCCGCCCCCUUCUUUCUUCACUAUUUUUUUUCACCACCAGAAAGGCAAAAACAAUAAAAUUGUUUUUGGGUACCAAAAUAGCAGAGAAAAGAAAAAAAAUUUAAAAAUAAAACACAUGUCCUUCUUCAAUCUUCACCAUUGAUUCUAAAAAUAAAGUUUAAUUGCCUUCUUUCCUCGGAUUUUCGAUUUCUAAUUUCUUUACUGGACGAUAACUCCAAUUUUUUUCAAAUUUGAUCUGUUUUGUUUUAAUUGGAGGGGGCUUAGGUGGAAUUGUAUUAGGUUGUUUUAGUAGGCGAUACGAAGAUAGAGGUAUCAGGUUGGAGCGACGCAUCAUUGGCGAUGGAAGCGGAGGAGAUGAAGGGAAAGGUUGUGGAAGAGAAAGAUCAGGUUCGUGUCAAGAGGAAGACUUUGCAAGCUGUGCUGGAAGAGUGCCAGAGAGCUCUCGAAUUGCUUAGUAACUGCGAAGAUGGAACCGAGGAUGACGAUGAAGACGGCGAAGGUAAAGAUGAAGUGAACCAUCAAGGAGAACUCAACGGCGUCGAUCUUAGAAGAGAUCAAGAAGCAGAUGAGUUGUGUGAUCUUCUCAAAUCUAGAGUUCAAUGCCCUGACUUUCUUGAAAAGCUAGAGUGUGCUCAGGUACCAGUUCCAGAAAACAUUGGCGAAGAUGGUAGUUCUUGGGACAUGGUCAACCCAAAUGAUCUUUGGGGAGAUGAAAAUGGUGAUUUGGAUCAAGAAGAUUAUGUUCUUGUCAGGCAGGAUGAUAUAGUAGAAGGAAUUGCAUGUUUUAUGGCUGCGUAUUUGCUGUCCCUUAAACAGACUAAGGACUUGAGCCCCAAUCAACUUCAGCAAGCACUGAGCAAGACCUUCUCUGUGAAAAAGAAAAAGGGAAAGCUUCGAAAAGCUUGGGAUGGAAGCAAAGUCGUUUAUAAUGUGGCAUCUUGGGGGGCAACUGCAAUUGGGAUAUACCAAAACCCCUUACUUAUGAGAGCCGCCUCGAAAGCCUUCUGGACUUCUUGCGAGGUAAUAUCAAAGCUUCUCUGAUUUCCUUGCAAAAUAGUUGGAGAAACAAAGUGGUGAUAUUGAAGGAAUUCACUGUUGUGUAUAUAUAUAUAUGCGUUCUCACUGUCGAAUGGAGCUUGGUGUUUCGUAGGUUUGGUGAACAUGAACAACAUUCUUUUUUUUCUUUCUUCUAUGAAUCCGUUGAUUGAUAUUUGUAAAUUUGAUCUCUUCUAAAUAUUUCUUCUUCAAGCAUUUCCUAUUUGCAAUCCA